UAAAAUACGUUCCAGGCAUUGCGGAUCUCGAAAUCUCCAACCACAACAACCAUCAUCAUGGCGUCCCAGCUCCCCACGCUCUACGUGGACGAAAAGAAGGGCUCUGACACUGGUGCAAAGGGCACCCAGGACAGCCCCUUCGCCACACCCGUCGCCGCCUACCUUUCCCUCAACUCGACCGCUGCCGACAAGGACCCCCUCUCCGUGUGCCAGAUCCUUACCGCCAAGGUCACCGAGGACGGCAAGACCGAGUGGGUCGAGCUCUCAGGCGCCGGCAAGAAAAAGCUCGUCAAGGGUAUCGACGCCCAGCGGAAGAAGGCCGCCAAGGCCGCUGCCGAUGGCGAGCGCCUCGCUAAGGAGGCUGCCGAGAACGAGGCGCGCCAGAGCGCGCUCCGCGCCGAGGCCGCCAAGGUCAAGCUUGUGGAAGACUCCAGCAAGCCUGCGGCCAUCAAGGCGCGGGCCAAGGGCCUCCCGGAUUUCGCCGGCAAGCGUGUCCGCCUCCAGGGCUGGGUCCACCGUCUGCGUAAGCAGAAGACCAACUUCUUUGUCGUGCUGCGUGAUGCCUCUGGGCCGCUCGUGCAGCUUGUUCUGACGGGCGACUGCAUCAAGACGGUUGACGCGCUCGACCUGACUGUCGAGUCGACAAUUGAGGUGACCGGCACCGUCCAGAAGGUCAAGGAGGGCCAGAACGCACCGCAGGGCAUCGAGGUCGUUGUCGACUGGUGGAAGAUUGUCGGGCGCGCACCGGCCGGCGACGACGCAUUCGAGGGCCGCAUCCAGGCCGACGCUGAUCCAUCUACCCGUGCCGAUCUGCGUCAUCUUGAGCUUCGUGGCGAGACGGCGACUGCCGUCAUGCGCUUCCGCGCCCGCCUCCUGCGCGCAUUCCGCGAGGCGCUCGACGAGAUCGAGUUCACCGAGGUCACGCCGCCCUGUAUGGUGCAGACAUCCGUCGAGGGCGGUUCGACCCUCUUCUCUUUCGACUACUAUGGCGCACCCGCGUACCUUACGCAGUCGUCGCAGCUGUACCUCGAAACUGUACUGCCAUCGCUCGGCAACGUCUACUGCAUUCAGGAGUCGUUCCGCGCCGAGAAGUCGUUGACGCGCCGCCACCUCUCCGAGUACACACACUUUGAGGCCGAGCUCGCCUUCAUCGACUUCAAGGACCUGCUGGACCACCUUGAGCACGUGAUCACCUCCGUGGUCGACAAGCUGCUGCAGGACCCCGUAGCGUCCGAGAUCCUCAAGCAGCUCAACCCCGGCUUUGUGCCGCCCCAGAAGCCCUUCAUGCGCCUCGACUACCGCGACGCCAUCAAGUACCUCAACGAGCACGGCAUCAAGAAGGAGGACGGGAGCGACCACGAGGUCGGCGACGACAUCGCCGAGGCGGCCGAGCGCAAGAUGACCGACCAGAUCAACCGCCCCAUCAUGCUCAUCAACUUCCCCAAGCACCUCAAGUCGUUCUACAUGAAGCAGAUCGCCGGCGACGAGGACUACACCGAGUCGGUCGACGUGCUCAUGCCCAACGUCGGCGAGGUCGUUGGCGGCUCCAUGCGUAUUUCGGACUACGACGAGCUUAUGGCCGGGUACAAGCGCGAGGGUAUCCCGCACGAGCCCUACUACUGGUUCACCGACCAGCGCAAGUACGGCACCUGCGAGCAUGGUGGCUACGGUCUCGGCGUCGAGCGCCUGCUCGCCUGGUUCCUCGACCGCUACACUGUCCGCGAGUGCUGCCUGUACCCUCGCUACAUGGGCCGUGCGAGGCCUUAGGAGGCGUGAUGGGUUUCAUAUAGAUCACGAAUGCAUGCGUGCGCGUG